CUGCAAUACCGUUCGUUCUCUCCUUUCAUCUCAUUCAUUCUCAUUCCCCCACAACAAUUGCCGCGUAUCUGUCAAUUGUGGAAAACAUGUCGUUCGACCAAAUAAAAAAAAUAUUUCAUGUUUUCCUCAACUAAAACGGCUCGUAAAAAUGGCACCUGUGUCUAAAACGAUGCGGACUUGUGGUUUAAUUAUUUUUUUUGUGUUGUGCGCUUUCGCUUCGUCAGAAACUAGUAUAGAACCACGGAUAAUCUCAGUGAAAACAGUGUUGAAAAAUUGUGUCCAAAAUAGUUGUAAAUAUUUAUUAGAUGUGGGCGGAGGAGAGUUCCUCGGCCAUCAUUCGUGGAGACUUACCCCCAUUGAUGGUGUUAAGGGUGUUAGUUGUGAUAAAAUACACCAUGAAUACGAGUUAAAAGAAGUUGAAACUACGCAGUGGCUCACGCGAGUUGAGAUAACUGUACCCUAUUCGGAGGGCAAAAUAUAUUUUUGUUUACUCCGCGAUAAGGAGACGAACAGUCCUUUUGGUGGUGAGUGGAUGCACCAAGGUGAUAAGUGGGUUUUGGAUCCAGUAAACGACGCCGAAGUCCCAAGAACCACUAAAAAUGCACAAUCCACAACUGAAACUCUGGACGUCCAAAGAGCAGAUAUUCAAGACACCAAAGGUUGGAUCGACCUCUCGCACGAUAUCGACAUCAACAAACUACCCAAAGUCAACAGACUGACUCGCGAACAAGCCAACGAUAUAGAAGUUCAUGUAAGCGAUAAAUACGUACCGUUAAACGAAGUAAACGGUAACCAAGACAAUGAAGAGGAUUACGACAUCCAAGUACUUGAUAAUCCAAAUUUCUCCGAUGGCGGAAAUAAAUAUUCCGAUCUCGGUAAUGAAAUUGGAAACAAAAUAGUUUCUAAUAAUGAUGAUGAUGAGAUACGAAAUGAUCUUAGUAAUGAUGUCGGUAGAAGAAGAAAGCGUGAGAUUAAUAGAGACAAAAGUAAAGAUGCUUCACUGUCAGAAAACAAUAUUGGCAUUAAAGAAGAUUUUGCUUCACUGCGAACUGAAAGGCAGACGAAUAUAGAUGAAUUUACUAGUGUUAGAGCGAUGUUAGAUGAGAUUGCUGUGGAGGGAAUCAGAAUCGAAGACUCUAGUAAGGAGCCCAAGAUUAUAGAAGAUGGUAUACCCAGUGUACUAGCUGACUCUUCGGUUACUCUCAGGAUAUUCGGCGAUGGUUUGACACCGCGAACUGUGAUAGCGUUCACGAACUACCCACAGGACUUUGGCCAGCAAUGCAAGUUCAUAUUGAAAGGAGAAUAUAUGGCAAAAGAAGGCUCAGUGACAAGAAAAUCAGCCCUCUUCGAAAUCACAGCGCCGCACCCAAUAACAGGAUCAAAACUGUACAUCUGCACGAAGAACCUGAAGCCUGGAGUAACUGAUCUAUCCAAAGACCAGGACAAGUACACCCAUCAGGGUACAGAGAGUUUCAAAACAAUAGCCAGUCACACGUCUCUGCUUCCAUUGUGGGCGACACUCAUUCUGAUCCUCAUAUGUCUGAUGUUCUCGGCGCUUUUCUCCGGGCUAAAUCUCGGCCUAAUGUCUUUAGACAGAACUGAGCUGAAGAUCAUAGCUAACACUGGCACAGAGCAGGAGAGGAAGUAUGCCAGAGCUAUAAUGCCGGUGAGAGACCACGGGAACUAUUUGCUCUGCAGCAUACUGUUGGGGAAUGUGGCUGUGAAUUCCACGUUCACUAUUCUACUGGACGAGUUGACUUCGGGGCUGUUUGCCGUGAUUUUCUCGACUUUGGCUAUAGUGCUGUUGGGUGAGAUUACGCCGCAAGCCAUUUGCUCCAGACACGGGUUGAUGGUUGGAGCGAAGAGUAUUAUGGUUACUAAGGCAGUGAUGGCUCUCACAGCUCCACUAGCUUUCCCAGUGAGCAAACUACUAGAUUAUUUCCUCGGUGAAGAAAUUGGCAGCGUCUACAAUAGGGAAAGGCUGAAAGAGUUGGUCAAGGUGACAACUGACAUUAACGAUUUGGAUAGAGAUGAGGUCAACAUAAUAUCCGGAGCAUUGGAGCUGCGCAAGAAGACAGUCUCCGACGUGAUGACCAAGCUGGAGGAUGUGUUCAUGCUGCCCAUCAGCUCCGUGCUGGACUUUGAGACCAUGUCCGAGAUCGUCAAGUCUGGCUACUCCCGUAUCCCUGUGUACGAGGGGACGCGCGGCAACAUCGUGACGGUACUCUUCAUCAAGGACCUGGCGUUUGUGGACCCCGAUGACAACACGCCCCUGCGCACCCUCUGUCAAUACUACCAGAACCCGUGCAACUUCGUCUUUGAAGACGUCACCUUGGAUGUGAUGUUCAAACAAUUUAAAGAUGGGCACAAGGGUCACAUGGCUUUCGUGCACCGCAUCAACAACGAGGGGGAGGGCGACCCAUUCUACGAGACCAUAGGGUUGGUCACUCUAGAAGACGUCAUAGAGGAGAUGAUACAAGCAGAGAUCGUGGAUGAGACAGAUGUGUUCCUGGAUAAUCGCACGAAGAAGCGACGAAACCACCCCCUGAACAAGCUGCAAGACUUCGCGGCGUUCGCUGAACGACACGAGAACCAACGCAUACACAUAUCGCCCCAACUCACCCUGGCCACAUUCCAGUUUCUUGCAACAAGCGUAGACGCUUUCCGUCCGGAUACGGUUUCCGAAACCGUUUUGAGAAGACUGUUGAGGCAAGACGUUAUACAGCACAUCAAGUUGAAGGGAAAGACGAAAAAAGACCUGAGCACCUUCGUCUAUCAACAAGGCAAAGCUGUGGAUUACUUCGUAUUAAUACUGGAGGGACGCGUUGAAGUGACAGUAGGUAGAGAGAACCUGGUAUUCGAAGCGGGACCCUUCACUUAUUUCGGUGUUCAAGCUCUCACGCAGAAUAUUGGAGUCGCCGAAUCCCCGACGCCUUCAGCCAUGGGAUCCCUUCAGAACAUAAACGUUGACGCCAUGUUGAGACACAGCUUCGUGCCAGACUAUUCUGUCAGAGCUACCAGUGAACUGUUCUACUUGACUGUCAAGAGGUCUCUCUACUUGGCUGCUAAACGAGCCACUCUAAUGGAGAAAGGUGCAUUAUCAAAAGGUGCCACACACGAACAAUUCGACACCGAAGUUGAUAAGCUAUUAGAAUCAGUGGACGAGGACUUGAGCCUUACUGGAGAGCACAAAACUCCUUCUCGACAGGUUUCGCCAAACCCACUGCCAGUAUCGGCUUCGCCUCACACGCGCGCUUCUUUCGUAGCCCGUGCAUCGCCAGACCACAGAAACGGCGACUUAUACCCCGCCCGUUUAGAAGAACAGGAGAAACUGCUAAAACACUAAGUGAGUACGCCAAUACGAGUCUUAUUGCAACACAACAGAGUUGAUAAUCGAGAAUUUAUAUAGUGAAAUAUUGAUAUUUAGUAAAAGUUGUGUCUUACUGCCAAUGUAAGAGAAUAUAUAUAUUAUCGUUUGUAUAAAGAAUAACAUUAAGAGCCCUUUUACAAAAUUGCGCCGCUGCCGUACUAAUCGGCGCGUAGGUAGAUUUGCACUAGUAUACAAUAUUGAUUUUACGGGUGAUGUUUCGAGUCUUAUAAAAUAAUUAUUAAUGAACUGAUUAUAAAAAUUUAUACAUAUUUCAGUAGUUCAAUGAUGGUAGAUUAGUUUUAUGAAAGUUUUUGAUAGUAAUUCUACUUAAUUCAAUAUCAAAAUACGAGGUAUACCUGCAUUAUUUUUUGAGAAAACUCACGGAGGUUAGAUUUCUUGUUUUGAUAAUUAAUGAGAUAGAAAAGCAAAAUUGUAAUACAUAACGUUGCAACAAAAACAUAUUUCUGAUGUCGUAGUAAUUAAUUUGAUCUAAUUUAUUGGACAUUAUUGAGAUAUUGAGGCGUUUGAAGUUGUGCAUAUUAUCGUUUUUUCCGUGAACUACCUGCAGUAGAACGGUCAGUACAAGAAAAGGAAAAUAGUAUUUGCAAAUAUUCUACAUUAACUUACAAUAGGAAGAAUAAAUCUACCGUUUACUUUUGAAAAUGGUCAAAAUCUUUUCUAAGGGGGUAAACGAGGCGCUCAAAAAUUACAAUUAUUUGCAAAAAAUGUGAAAGGGCUCUUAAUAAUAUUUGCUGAAAGAAUAUUGUAGUUGUUGUGAAAUAUUAAAUUUUGUUAUAAGGGAUAUUGUGUUUAAUACUAAUGGAAAAGAGUUUUGAUGUUGAAAAUUGCGAGUUCUUUGUACGAUGAAGUCGUAUAGAUUAAAGGAUCCUAGGACUUGGUCUGAUAAGGUAGGUUUUUCUUUGAAUUAUGUAGCAUCUUAAAAUUGUGGCUUAUGGGGCAAUUACACUCGGACGUUAGACCGAAUACGUUUGCCAAACGACUAAGUAUAAAUGAACGAAGUCGAGUACGCCCGUUUUCGGGCAGAUUUCGUUUUGAUUACCCGACACCGUCUUCCAGCCCGUGUUCGAGUAAAAACAAUGUAAAUAUUGCUUGCCCGAAUAGGGGUGAUGACGGGGUACAGUAAACGAAAUUCUAUUUAGUCCGUCAGUUAGAUGAUCAGAAAAUAAUGGACACGUAUAUUUUCUUUGGGCAAUCAACCAAAAAAUGACAAAGUUAUAGCUCGUCAAAGUUUGGGAGUAGGGGCUCGUGACGUCACUUCUUAGUGAAUUUUCACUUAAAAGUGUACCAAAACGUGACGUCAUGCGACUUUUCAAAUCAAUAUAUCUCUGCAAUGUUUCUAUUGUGUGAAAAAAGAAAAAAUACGUGUCCAAUACUUUUUGAUAAUCUACCUGAUAAACGUAGAAAAAAAAUGGUCAUCAUCCCUAUUCGAGUUAUGUCUUUCGUGCAUCCGAAUACCGGCUAGCGACCAAAUGUAAAUGCGCCUUUAUUACAGUAUGGUGGCCGCUAGGCGGGCCAUAUUAUUGUCCUUACUGAAUGUUCAGUUUUCGUAUCCACAUUUGUAAUGUUCCUAUUUGUAUUCCUACAAUAAUAUUUUGAAAUUUUGUGAUAUGAUAAUAUAACGUCAUUUUUAGAUUGACAUAAUUUCAAAACAGGACAUUAGUAUAGAUAUUUUUCAAUUCAAUUGGUUUUUUUCACUUAAGAUUAUACAGAAUAAUGUUCAAUGCCUUGUUUUGUAAUGCAUGCGGUGGUGACCUUUAAUUAUCUUAAUUAAAUCAUCUAAUUAACGCCGAUGCUUGUACCUUGUUAUCUUGUAUUGGUGUAUAUCUUGUUGGUCGUCCUUAAAUAAAUAAAUAUGCUGAACCGAUUUAGGUGAAAACAACGCGCGAGUGAUAGAUACUUUGGUAUCGCAAGGCUAUGGUGGCCGUUUACCAUUAGGCAGGUCAUAUGCUUUUUUGCGACCAUUACAAAAAUCUAUAUAAUUAAAGCUUAUAUUAGACUAUGCUUUAACUAUAGCUAACAAGAAUAUCGCGGUGCAGAUAAAUCUAGUUAUAAUGUUAUACAAUUUGUCCAAAAAAGAAAAUUAUGCAAGGAAUUAGAUUAUAAUCGGCAAAUUAAAUAAUAUAAAAUCUUAAUAAUGAGUUAUGUAACAUUCAAUACUAUUGUUGAGCUGUAAAUUUAUAUGUAUAUAUAUGUCGUAGGGUGAUUUGAUCAAUCGAAUUUUGAAAAAAAGAAUUGAAGAUUGCGAAAAGUAUCCUCGGUUUAUUAUAAAUAUUCUUGAAUUUUUGGGCUGUCAAGUUCACACAUGAUAAGAUUAGUUUUGUGACCAUGACGCGCGAACCGAGCGAGCGUAGCGAGCGUGCCGCGGCAGUGGCGGGCGAAGCGACCCAGAAAAAAAGAUCCAUGAAUAUGAUUAAUUUCUAGAAAAAAAGCGAGUGAACUUAUGACCACACGACUGAAGUGAAACUUCUUUAGCUCCAUCUGUAAUAUAUAUAUGUGUGACCGGUGACACUUUUUGUAACUCGUAACGCAUUCGCCAGUUUACCCCCCCCCCCCCCCCCCAAGUCAAGUCUUGCGUGCCUAAAUUGUUCAUUGUUUACCGAUAGGUCACCGGUGACACUUUUCGUAACGCGUAACGCAUUCGCCAGUUUAUCCCGCAAGUCAAGCGUGCCUAAAGAAGUUUCACUUCAAAAAUUCGUUAACAGUUAAAUUGAUCAAGGUUAUCAUCAUUGGCUUAUUAUCCGCGUUUUCGCAAAAUACCUACGAUUUUCACCAAAAUUCGAUUUACCAAAUCAUCAAAUACAGCAUAUAUGUAUAUGUAAUUGCCCCAGUAUAUAUUAAUCGUUUAAAUCAUUACGCAAUAUCCCUUAUUUGACAGCAUAAACAAUGCAGAAAAUUGAAAUGUGCUUAUUUUGAAACGUAUAGUCAAUAGAAUAAGAUCGAUUUUUCAAUGCCUACUGCCACUACCCAAUAUUUACAACUUAACCUUACAGGCGUAGUACUUAAUUCUAGUAAUUCUUUUGUGUUCGUUAUUAUUUGUGUCGAAUCUGGGUGUUUAUAGUUCCUAGAGCUAGUUAUUAACAUCUCAUAUUCGUUUAUUAAUUAAUAAUUACAAACAAUAUUGUUUGUUGAUUAGAACCUUUGAUUAUACACACGCCUAGAAAACGGCUUAAUAUCAGAUUGUUUGAGAGCAGUCAAUGUGUGCGCGUGUAGCUUUUUUUUUGAGUGUGUAUGCUGUUGGUCGCAGAUGAUCUUUACAGCGUCACCGGGUUUGGGGACGGCGAGAUCCUAAGGGGACCUCAAGCCGAGAAUUGGCGAGUGCCUCUGGAGGUAUUCCAGGCGGAUGGCGUCUCCCCACGGGGGGAGUCUCCACUCCUUCUGGAGCCUCCAGACCACUCGAACCUGAGGGGGUCGGCUCAACUAGAGGGCGUCUCUGAGACUCGGAGCUCGGCUCUAGUUAGCCGUUGUCGUGGGGGGCGUGUGUAGCGAUAAGCUUAUCUACCAUUUUUUUAAGUAGAUAUUUCGUGGGAUGCCUUCGUGUAGUUACGCCAACAUUAUUGCAUUUUAAAAUGGCACAAAUAGUCACCGCCCCGAGCUCCCUUUCAUCAAAGUUGUCUCUUUCACUCUCAUUCAUGAAGCAGAUUACAUCUCGCUGUUAAGCCCUCACGUGUCUACUGUGACAGCAACUGUCAAAAUAAGUAAUCACUGAAUAUUUAUACCAUGGAGGUUAGAGAGUAGGAGAACGAUCGCUGUAGAAAACAGUGUCCCAUAAAUAUGGACAAAAUAAGUGAGGCGCUUGCGAUCGCUAAGUUGUCUCAAUAAAAGCGGGCUAAUUUGAAAUGAACAAUGCUUCGAAGUAAAUUUGUACAAUAUUCAACUAACUUCAUGUACUUGUACUCGUAAACAGCUAACUUCACAGAUACUACUUACCGACGGUAGCGCGGCUGGUGGCUGAAAAAUGAACUAUAAGUUCUACAAAUUUUCAGGGACAGACAGCCCGCCUGCUACUUUAGUACGUAGCGAUGGUUCUCCUUCUCUCUAACCUCCAUGAUUUAUACAUUAACUAGCGGCCCGCCCUCGCUUCGCUUUCGGUGUAGAGCUGAAGUGUAGACUACAGUUUUUAUUCUCAGGCUUGUAUUAUACACACAAUGACAUUCAUCUAUGAUUCUUCUUAUACCUGCAUGCAAAGUCUUAGCCCGAUCGGUUUAAAAUUGACAAAGUUUCAUACAAACUUUCAUUCCCUAUUUUAUCCCCUUGGGGGUAGAAUUGAUCAAAAUCCUUUCUUAGCAGAUGCCUACGUCAUAACAUCUACCUGCAUGCCAAAUAUCAGCCCGAUCCGUCCAGUGGUUUGGGCUGUGCGUUUAUAGAUCACUAUGUCAGUCAGUCACCUUUGAGUUUUAUAUAUAUAGAUUACUAAUACGGUAUCUAUGCGUGUAUAUGAUCAAAGAUUAGGACUUGAUUUUUUUAAUCUCUCUAAUGUUAAUGUGAUAUUAUUAUUAUUUGCCGCGAAAAUUGCUUGCCUCUGCAAAUAUAUACUCUAUUUAAACCUGGCAUAAGGCUGCAUUUUAUAAUACACAAUUUAAUGCAUCUCCUUUGAGAAAAGAGGGUAAAUUCAGAAACGUUUAUUUUCUUAACUUAACACUGAAUUGUCAACCUUAUUUCAUAAGAAAUAAGAAUCAACCCCGGGCUUGUAUUGUUAGUUAUAAAAAAGAAAUCUUUUUUCUUUGUAUGUAUUCAGAGCGAGAGCAUGCUGCCAUUGAAUCUUAUAUCUCUCUAUUAAAUAAAACAUUAUAAAUAAGUUAUAUUGUUUUAAACUUUCAUGGUCACUAACAUUAUAGCUAUUAACGGGAUUGUUACCAUGUACCUUGUUUUUUAUGCGUCUUCGAUAUUUCGGCACUGUUGCAAGCGCCAUGAUCACGGAGUAACUGAAGUAAUUGCGGGUAGAUGUUAUUGGCAGACAUAGCGGUCUACACUCUGACGUCGUCUUUUACUACGCUCGAUACCCCUACCAUUGGUCACAUUCUCACUAUUCAGACUCAAAAAAAACAAGGUACAUGGUAACAAUCCCGUUAAUAGCUAUAAUAUUAUAAAAAAUAAGUUAUUUAUUUCUAAGCAACGAAAAAGCUUACAUACUGACACUUAGUUGCUUAACCUUCGCCUGUAAAAGGAUAACUUUUAUUUUAUAUCAUUAGCUGUAGAAUAUUAGGCAUUUAUAUAUGUUUAGUGUUAUAUCAAAUGAGAUUUUUUUAGAGUCAUUUUUAGUGUACUUUUUUUAGCCCAGUGAGAAAUGUUUAUGUAAUAAUAAUUUUUUAAGCUAAAAAUAAUUGUAUUUAUGUGACUGUAGUUUUUAUUGCCAUUUCAUUUAUUUAUUUAAUAUGCUUCUCUAGUUUGAAACUAAAUAAUUGAGUUGUCGGAUUUUAUUUUAAAUAUUAUUAGAGACGACAUAACAUAUUAUAGAAAUGACAAUAAUAAAUAAGGUACUUAUAUAUCUCUUCAACCGCUUUGCUGUAUGAAAACAUAUUAGCUUUAAAAUAUAUAUCUGAAUUUUUUAAAUAAUAGUGUAUACCUAUGUUGCCAGCUAAACCCAGUUUUAGGACAAACUAGUUUUUCCCCUACUUCGAACCAGGAGGCCUACUCUAAUUCAACGAAAAACCAAAUUCGAUCGAAACUUCGCACUUUUCGUUUUUAAUUAUAAUAAUAUUCAUCGUCGGAAUAUAGAUUGAGAUGUAGAUUUUUUAAGCCUACUCAAAGAAAGCUUCAAUAGGGUAUUUGAAAAGUUUUAGAAAACGAUCUCACGUUAUUUACUAAUGUUUAUAGAGUCCAUAAAAAGUGGAUAUUCAUAAUUAUGUUGUGUAUUUUGGUAAAAAAACCAAAUCAAAAACUCUAUUUUCAAGUUGCCGCGAAAAACGUAUCUCUGGACAAUAUGGCGCCUCACUGGCGUGUGAAGUUUACUAGCGUGUGACGUCAUUUUAGGCUCCGCCAAUCCCAAGCGUUUUGGGUCACGUGACAAUAGAUAAGAAAACUAUUAUCUUUUUCGUGGGUUUUUAGUAAAAUUAUAAUUUUUUUUUAGAAAAAUAGUAAAAACCCCUGCCUAUAUUCAUUCUAAAUGCAGAUGCUAACAAUUGGCACUUUAUUUUUAAUACUGUCAAAUACCCUAUUUCGUUAUUCGAAAGUUCGUUCCGAAGAAAGAGAGUAGACCCCCAGUGCAUCCUUUAGGUGAUAGGAUAAACUGGUACAGACUAGGUUAAAAUGGUUCGACAUAUGGACAACACAGCUGAAUACCCAAACAAGAAUUACUUAAGAUCUGAAGAAUUUUUUUAUUACAAAUUACUGCUAUCACAAAUCAACCGUUACGUGUGACACUUUAAACAUAAAUUUAUGUACUUUAAUAACAAAUUUUAUUUGUGAUGUAGGUAUAUAUGUUGAUUGGCGGGUAUUAAAUGAAUUUAAAGCGAUGUAAAAAUGAAAAUACUCUUUAUUGUAAUCGAAAUAAACAAUAAAUAUAAUGCAAAAUUUAAAGAUGAAGAAGUACAUUAAAUUUCAUACGAAUUUGAGUGCGACAGUAAAAAAUCAAUAUAUUAUCGUUUUGGCAUUGGACGAUGUUAUAGCAAAUUGCACACUAUUGUAACGAGUGCGCAGUCUAAAAGAAUUUAAAUAUGAUUAGAGUCUGUGCGGAAAGAGAAUGGGCGUGGCGAAAAACGGAACUAACAUUAAGAUUUUUAUUUGGCAAUCAAACCCAGCAAUCUGUAAAACGUCAAAGUUUUGUAUUGUCACGGAUUUGUUUGUUGUUGUGAUUUCUUGCGGUUUUUUGUAUUAAAUCAUGUCUGAAAGGGGUAAAACCUUACAAAUACGGUAGAAAAGCACUACAGCGCCUUCCAAUCAUAAUCCCAUUCUCUUUCCGCACAGACUCUUCGUCGAGAAAUACAAUUGACACCUCGUCAAAUGGCUACAAUCCGAAAUGGAUAUAGUCUUUAUAAUUGAGGAGCUGGCGAACAAAGCUUUAUAAUUACACAUCUGGUCAAACUAAUUUUUUUUACAGUCCGGAGGUUUCAGGCCAGCUGAAUUUGAAUCUCAAAUAAUUUUCAAUCAAAACCACAUAAAACAGUGUUGAAAUUACUAAAUUCAUAAAUUUAAAACCAUGCCAAAAGCUCACUGUAGGUUUUGUCAUUCAGUUUUAUACAGCUCCUGUAAAAUUUAAUUUAAGUAAUUAUACCGUAUUGUUCGCCAGCUCCUCAAUUAUUAUAACAAUUAACUCUAUAUUCGUGGGGCAAUUGUAUCUUUUGACACGAUGUCAAUGGUGGGGUCGAGUGUAACAAGUGACAGAGUGUAACAUAAGCAAUAUUUCUGCCCUUUCCUUACUUAUCUUUGAUCUGUCUUGACGUGUUUCAUUAGAUUCAUAUGCAUCGAAAAAGCCAACUCGGUACAUCUCGUGCCAAACACUCCAAGAGACAUUAAAAGGCGUCACACCGACAUUCUAAUGUAAAAAAAAUAACUUAAAACUAGGCUGUAUGGGCAUUGUUUCCUUUGCCUUCCCUAAAAAGGGAGAAUCUUAAAAAAAAUAAAAAAUGGUUCAUAUGCCGCCAUCUUAAGCAACUGUCGUCAAAUGGCGGGAUAUAAUACAGAGAUACUCCUGUCACAGCUUUUAAAUGAACAAAGGAAGUGACAAAUCUGAAAUAGCAUUUUUAACUUCAUGUUUCAAAAUUAAUUAUAUUAAAUUGUUUCACAAUCGCUGAGUAAAGUUCUAAGUAAGCUAAUCUGCUCAGUAAAGAACAGGGAUGUUGAUUUUUUUUUUUGGAGAAUGGUUAAAAAGCAAGCAAAAAUGCACCGUCAACGUCAACGUCAGCAUCCCUAUUUGUUUACUGAACAGUUAACGCUCCGAUACAAAUUGCCGCCACACGUCACUCGCGCCAUUCCCCACCCCUCUCUCCCUUGCCUUAGUCGGCCGCUGUCGCGCGCUUCAGCCGCUUUAGUAGCCGCUUCUAGCUUCUCGUGGCGGCGUUAGUGUCGUGGCGCGUGGCCCGUGUGCGGCGACACUUAGCGCCUGUUUCACAACUGCUGAGUAAAGUUCUCAAUAAGGUACUUAGAACUUAAGUGACCGGUGCGGGCCACAAGAAGCGAGCAACGACGAUUUAUAGCGUGUGGCGGCCAGCGGCGUACCGUGUGUGGCGAGUCCAUAUAAAAUGUAUGAAAACUACAAGAAAUAUGCCGGUGACGUCGUUUUGUGGUUGUGGUCGGUGGCCCGUGUGCCGCGACCUAAGAAUCCUUGUCGUCUAAUGGCUAACUACGUGAAUUUGGCAGAAUUGUGGAAAAAUCCCCGUUGAGCCAUUAAAAAAUAAAGACUAAACAGAUAUAUUAUUUACGUUACACUGUCCUGACCCUACGAUAAUAUAAUAUGUUGUUACUAGAUGUUUUUUUAAUGUGAGUAAUACUAAUGAGAACACAAAAAGUGUUAUAUGUUUGUUUGUAAGUACAAGAAUGAUGAUUGUUCAAUUAAUGUAAAUGGUUAUCAAUAAUAAAAUGAUAUUUUAUGCGCUUUGCAUAAACACGAAAGC